CGAACGGGAGGUAGCUCUUCCAUCGCACGGAUUUUUUCUUUCCAAAUUUCAUCCACCCGCCAAGAAGGCUUUCGAGGACGAAUUUCAAAGAUAACUCUCGGUGAUCGCGAAUCUACUGCGUCUAGUUUUUUAACGAUCUCUCCUCUCUUCGCAAAAAUCGAGGACGAUGAAACGUCGCGGGAUCGUCCUGGAUCCGGUGUAAGCGUCCAAGGAAGGGUGCAUAAUAGCCGAUAUCGAUCGGGAGAUCGAUCGAUCGGAUCGGCGCAAAAGCCGGGCCGAGCGGAAGUGCCUGUUCCGGUCGGCGCGAAUUUCGGCGGAGCAAUCGCGCCGGAUAUCGCUCUCGUGACAGGAAGAUCAAAAGGGAGGCAUUCGGGUAAUAUUUGUUGGAUUGCCGUCAUGGUGUAAAAUUGCACGCGCGAUCGAAAACGGCGCGAUUCGUGAAAGUGUGCGAGGACGGCGGCGUCGGACAAGUGCGAGGAUAGUCGGACAGAGGAGACGUAAAGACAGUGAGAAGAAAGAAAGAAGAGAGAGAGAGCGAUUUUAUUGUUUCUAAAAGAUCGAUCGAGGAUGUUGAUGGGAUCCAAGUGGUAAAGGGGGAAAAAAAAAACCCACGAGAUUUACGUAGUAAAUAUUUAAAUAAAUAUUGAAAGACAAAUAAAAAAAAAUUGAGAAGAACGAACGGACGAAAUAAUUAAUUGCCGAAAAAGAGAUAUAACGGGCGAAUACAUAAAGUAGUGUUACGUUUAACGUGCGACGGAGAGAAAGUGACAUUUAUCCGAUCGUUUUGGGAGAGACGAAGAGGAAGGGAGAAAGCAGACGACGAGUGGGACCGAAACAGGUCUCCGCGACACGUGACGCGGACAAAAAUUGACCGGCUACGGGAAAAGAUCGGCGCGAUCGGGAAAGGAAGGGCGUGCGCGAGUGUGACACAUUUCGGGUUCGCUUCUCUUCGUUUCCUCUUUUUUUUCCCCCUCGGUUAUUCCGUGAGAAAGUGCCCGACGUUGGUCGCGGAAAGAGGAGCACGCGGAUUACUCGAGGCACAGAGAGAAGAGAAAUUUCGCGAGAACGUGACGUGUGUGAGAAGAGGAGGAAGGAGGGGAAGGGAAAGGAUCGCGCGGACACGUGUACGCGAUAAAUUGAUAUUGUUUUAUCGGAUAUCACACAACGAGAACGCGAGAGAGAGAGAGAGACAACGGAUCCGCACUUCCCGGACGAAUACAAAACGUGAUUGAUCCGAUGCUUCCAAAGAAGAACAGGUGACAAGCAAAAGAUCAACACACAGACACGCGUCUUUGAGAAUAUCCGGAACCCUUCCUGAAGAAGCUUUGGCAGGAACGCAAAGAAGAUGUUGAGCCAACGGCGAAGGCAUUCUCGAUGGAGAAUGUCUCUUAUCUUCGUAGCGUUUCUCGGAUUGACCUGCAACAGUGAACUGGCACCCGCCAAUGUACCUGAAUCAUCGUCGUCAGCGCCCACCGCCAAAAGAAAACCACAGGACAUUGGCUCCUUAAGCGACUUCGCCUGGCAAGCGUGGCUCCUGGUGGACGCGCAGAACAGCUUUCAACAUGGCAUGGACUCCGCCACUCUUCUGCGAAGGAUAACACCCAAAAGCGUGUUCAUCGCACCGGCGUUGCCCGCCUGCGCUGAGGGUUAUCGCGCGGAUACUAUGGGCAGGUGCGUGAAGAGUGUCAACAUUGACGAGAACGCGCAUAUCAGCUUCCUUUUGCAGCGGCUCAAUGCCAUGUACGGUGGACCGCAAGCCUCCGGGAACAAGAACGAUCAAAGGAAGUCAAGUGGCCCAUUACAACUUAACAUCCCCCUGAUUCCCUCUAAUCCUAAGCCUUCGACGACAAAGGUCGAGGAAACAUUCUCGAUGAACGAUCCAAUCGUAGUGCCGUCUCGUAAUGAAACUCAUCCGGAUGAUGAAGAGAAGACGAGGCCGCACGAGGUCGCAGUAACGAGCAAAUACGAGAUGAAGAAUAAGACGGUGCUAGAUGAGGAGGCAACGACGUUUCUUGCUGGGAAUUCCAAUACCGAUGAUGUAGGAAUUCAUCAGAAGGCUGACGCAGUGGUUCCAGUAGCCGAUUUCAUCGAAGAGGCGAACGACACUAGUUUCUCAGAGGUGGUGGAUUACAAGAUCCCGAUAGACCUGAGAACUUCAUUGAACAUUUCGAGCGUGACAAGACUCAAUGCGAGCGAAGUUACGAGAAAUGUUUCGAUGAUGGAAAAACCAAAGAACUUCACCGAACUGUCGCCCACACUAAUCUUGCUGAUUCCGUCUACAAAGUUGCCAAACGUAGCGGAUGAUUUACCAAUAACGCAAAACGAAACACAGCCACGUGAAACGAAAGACAGCCACGUGACUGUACAGAUGUCUAACGUCACCUCGAACGAAACCGCGAAGGAGGUCAUUGUUGACACUGUGCCGGAAUCCACGCUUCCGUCUACGAACAAGUCAACGGAAGUUCCGUCAAUUGCAACGGACGAGCAGCGGGAUAACGAGACGCAAGCGGACGACGAGACGACAUCGGAAAGUUCCAAAUUGAACGAGUCCCAUGAAACAGAGUUCGUGUAUGAUGAUGAGAAGGAGGAGGAUGCGGAAUACUCGUACAGCACAGAUCUACCGGACGAGGAGGAUUCGGUGGAGCCGGAGAACGAGGAGAUCCUUAGACAUGGAGAAGCUGGCAUGACGAUUCCUACACAAAACGUCGAACGAUUGCAUCGCGAUCAGCCACAACAGAACCAAACUGCGGAUCAGAAGAAGACACUUGAGUUACGCGAUCUGAUCAUGAUUCGCUUUAACGAUUCGUCCAUGGAGGACAAGGACGAGGCGGGCAGCAACGUCUCCAGUGAGGUCAGUAUCAACGGAGAUCUCAUUUUGGAAACAACUCUCUUGGACGUAAACACUGAGAAGGUGCAAACUAGUACCAAGUCGCCGAUUGUGAUUCGAAAGAUUAUAAAGAACAGCGAUGAGAGUUCGAAGGAACCGUCUGGCAAAAGUUCUAAUACCGAACCGGAAGUCAUAUUUUCUCAGGAAGCUCACGGCACGACGUUUACCAGCCUGAACGGACGCAAACGAACCGAGCAAUUGACGAGAUUCCAGGAUAAGAAGAACGAGGAGCUGAUCGCUGCGUCUUCUUCAUCAGAAUUGCUUUCAUACGAUUUUCCUGAUGAUCAUCCCAUAAGAGAUCCGGAGAUCCGAAUAAUGGAUAAAGAACAAUCAACUGUCAAAGAGAGCGCGCUGCAGGAAAACUCGAAAGAUUUUCAACUAAAUAUCCCCGCGAAUUUCAAACAGACGACGAUGAAUCUUGGCUCGUCCGAGGACUUCGUGAGGUUUCCUGAUUACGUGAAGCAGCCACAACAGGACGGUUACGUGAGAUUCCCCUCCAGCGAGGCCAACAGCAUACACAGCCUGGGCUAUAAGCAGCAUUCGCAUCAUUCCAUAGACGACGUUGGUCCUCACGACAGCACCAGCACCAAGAGCAGCGUCCCCAUUCGCCAGAAACCGGUCUAUUAUUUGCCGAGCUGGAAGCCGGACCGAUUGCAAGCUGAUCAUGUCCCAACGAGCGAGAGGCAGAAGCAGAGACCGGAUUUGUUGGACUUCUGGAGCAAGAUGCCGCUGGUCAGAGACCCUGACAUCUAUCCCAUCGAUCAGGUUCCGGAUGAUGACAAAGCGGCUGAUGACACUCGGGUGCUACCUCGUGACCGAUUCCUCCGGGCAUCGCGGUUGCGAAAGAUGAGUCCCUCUACAGCGGAAAUAUCGCUCGAGAACGUCAAUAGAGCGCUCGCACAGAAGCGAAGAACGUCGAUUGGCGUCUAAUUAUCCUUUUCUUGAAGUCCAGUAAACUGUUUGGAACUGUGCCAAAUGAUUCGAGAAGUAUUCCAAGAUCGCACGAAGUCGCGACGUUUAGAUCGCUAGAACUUCGUUGAAGAAACACGAUUGACGAGAAGAAUCGUCGAUGAAAAAUAUUGCACUCCGUGAUAAUUUCAUAGAUCGAUACUGCGUCUUAAAUCGUAUCUAGUAUUUCGUGAGUGUUGCGAAUUAUCUGGAAGAUUUUUGACGAUCUCAGAAAGAGUGAUCUAGGUUUCUUCCAGGCUCACGUGUGGGAAGAAAGCAGUAGAACACCUUACACUCGUUAAUAACGGAAAAGAUUUAGUAAAAACGUACUACACGAAUGUUAUGAGUCAUAUUGAAUUAUUAUUAAGCUCGAAUCUGGAAAAAUUCUUUUUCCAUAGAAAUCCAUAGCUGUAUCGCAACAUCGCUUCCAACAUAUGAAGAAUGCAUUUUGGUAAUAGCUGCGCAAUCGAUAACGAAAUUUAAUAGAAACAAUAAUAAUAGUGUGUAAGGCGUAAGGCGUAAGAUAUUUGCAUAAUCCCGAUGACAGAAUUUUCGCUAUACUAAUGAACUUUUUACGGAAACUUUACUUGAAUUGUAUCGUCCAUUUAGACAAAAGCAUUUUGGUGCAUCGAGUAUUCUUUGCGAACUCGUUGCAUUUAACGAUGUUGAGAUAUUGAAUUACAUGAAAAAAAUCGCAUCUCUACUAUACGUCGAAUAACAAAAUCGAAUUGUUGGAAUUUUAUAUCGAAUCUCACUGACAAAGCUAAUAUUUAUGAAGCAAGCCAGCCAAACGUAGAUAAGGUCUUACUAAAAUGUGCUAAAAUAGAUUAGAAGAGAAACGCACUGCUUGAGAUAAUUUUUAAAUUUUUUUACAAAUGACUUUUUAUAUACAAUAUAUACAUAUUUUAUCAAUCUUAGAAAUUCAUAACGAGCCACAUUUUCGUUGUAUAUUUGAUUUUGUGUGUGAUAUUCUGGAUCCCUAUAUUUUUAAUUAUUAAUGUUAUUUUAAUGAUUUUAUAUAUAACAAUUUUUAAUAAAAUUUUAUUUGCGCUCAUUUCACAUUAUUAAUUGUUAUUAUUCAUUUGGAAUCAACUGUUAUUAUUCUAUUACUUUAAUAUGAAGAUAACACACCUAAAAAAAACAUAUAAUGACAUUUAAUACUAAAUAUGCAACAUACAAAAGUAUAAUAAAUUUGUAGUACGAAAUAUAUUGCUAAUAAAUAUCGUGCGUUGAAAGAAUUCACGAAUUCAUGCAAAGUUUCAUCUGAAAUGUUGCUGAAUUUUUCUUCUCCAUAUAAGCGGAUGGAUCGUUAUUGGACUUGUCAGAGUGCUAACACUACUUUCGAGAUAACGAUAUAUAAGCGGCGUUUAACGAGUUCACGAGCGAUAUGCCGAGCUAAUCUACUAAUGGAGGCGUUAUCGAAGCAGACUGAUCUUUAGAGUUAUUAUUGUAGAGUAGGGGAAAAAAAAUCAAGAUUUCCGGUCGUACGAAAUCUUGAGAAUCGCGUAGUAACGGAAUAAUGUCGUACACGGUCAAUCAAUUCGAUGCACGUCGUUGUAAGAUUUUUUUCGAAGAGAGAAAGACGUAAGCUCGCUUCUCGGUUUUGACAGAUUUUAAGCGAGUCGAUUAAGCGAGUUUAUAAUUGUGAGCAUAAUGAGCGAGCGUGUCUUUCGACGUCUUAGAUUAUUUCAUGUCGCAGAUCAAUCAUGAAUUACACCUACAUUGUAGCCGGCAACGUAGUGUAAGUUUUUUCGACGUGGCCUAAAGACCUAAACAAUCGUUCUUCCACGUCGACAGUUCGAAAAGCGAUUUCGCUUUUCGAAGAAUCCGCCGAAAUUAUUCCCGAGUUGACAAGUUUCGAUCAUCUUUGUCGUAUAUUUACUUUGUCUUUCGAAUUUACAUGCGCUUGAACGGAAACGUCAUCGACAUCCCGCUAUAAUAAACGCUUCCAGCAACGGGAUACAAUAAGAAUGCCUAAUAAAACUUUUAUUUAUCUAGAUAGUAUUAUAUGGCAAUAAUACUAGAGAGAAAAGAAAGAAAAAAAAGAGAGAAAGCAUCGACAUGCAAUGUAAUUAUUUAGGUCAAUGGCUGAACUAUUCGGACAAAAAUGUAGUUACAAAUUAAAAAAAUUCAAUUUCUUAGUGUCAGUUACAAAUUAAUUUUCUUAAUAAGUAUUUACAUUUCUUUUACAAAUUAUUACAUAAUUAUAUAUGUGUAUAUAAAUAUAUAUACACAUAUAUAUUAUUAUUAAUAUAUUCCUGGAAUUGUUUUAGCUUUCUAUCUCUUCUCCAAAAUCGAAAAACUUCAAAAAUAUAGCGAAUACCUCAUUGAUUAAAUAGUUACAUUAAUUAAAUAAUUUUCCAAGCUCCUCGAACAAUACUCAUUAAAUCCUGUUGCAUAUCGAAACUUGUCAAGUCGUUUUCCUUCUUGAUUAUGACCUGUUGCGUGUAAUGUCGCAAUAUGAAAGCUGUAAUCAUUAUAGCAGUUGUUAUCGAGAUACAGUCACGAAACAUUUCGAAUUAGCUUUUGUUACUUUAAUGCGUGUUUCGCUACGAACGCGAUAAUGAAGCGGAAAGUUUUUAUAAUACUUGACAUUAUGCGGCCAGUAAGUCUACAUGCGUUUCAAUGUGGUGUGUAAUGUCUCUCUGUAUUAUUCGAUGUCGAUUCGUGUACAUAUUAGUUUUAUUAUUGAGAAAUGUAUAUAUAGACAUAGCAUAAUAUAGGCAUAAUAUAAGUAAAUGUUAACAACAACGUCCCGAUGCGUAUUAAUUGUGUAACUGUAUUGUAUUAUUUAUAGCGUACUAUAUCGAUGUAUAUUAUUGCAUUUGUCGUGUUGUGCAAGGCCGCCUGUUAGAUAACAAAGUGAAAGGAGUUGUAAAAAAAUACAUACGCUCUGUCCGUAUGAUAUCAAAA